AUCUCUUUCUAUCAUCUCCUCCCCGACCAAAAUUCUGCAACCCUUAAAGACGAAAGGGGCAGAGGCGACACAGACGGAUCUAACGGCGUUGUUGGCGUGCGGAGGCGGCGACGCAGGUGGCGUCAGGGUCGCAGAACGAUGACGGAGAGGGUCUGCUGCGGCCCGAUAAUGGAGACCAACGAGCGCCCUUGCAACUGACGUAUGAUGUAGUCUGCUAGCCCAUGGCGUCUACUUUCCAUAGGGUGGAUCUGGUCAGGGAUGCUUCGACGGCAGAGGAGUUUCUUCACUGUUGAGCUGCAAGCCGAAGAGGGUUUCUUCAAUCAGGUGAAUUAUGUUGAAGCGUGAUUUAUUUUUAGUGGUGAAAUUGAAAUUUUUAGUUGGGUACUUUGAAAUGAACGGAAUAAUUGUUGUUGUGCAAUUGCCAUGGGCGAAGAGGCUCGACUAUAUUCUUGACUUCACUUCGCUUCGCUUCUAAAGUUGGGGCGAUGAAAUUGAGAAGAGAAUUUCUGGCACAACAUGGUGGUGUCAAUCAUCUACGGGUAACGAUGAGACCAAAACGGCUAAAACGAUGAACUUAUUGGACAAUGCAAGCAACCUCCUUACGAAUUUCCUGAGUGGAGGAAAGAUGUGAAAUAUGCCUAUUGCAAAAGGUGCAGUUUUGGAUCUUUUUGGCAAGCCACUUUUCUUCGACUGGUUCUUAGAGUUCCUUCUUAUAAGAAGAUCCUGGAGGAUGUCGCCGCCGACCCUUCAAAGAGCUUUCACAACGUCGGGUUAUGGACCCAGUGAUGAUUUUAUCGUGUUGAAAACUUUAGAUCUGAACCACAUUGUACAAGAAUCAUUCAACUUUCAGUUAGAUUUUUAUGGUAAUGGGUUUAUUAGAACUAGAUUAGUGCUAGAGGAGUCUGCAAUGGAUUUCGUGCCUGACGAGUCUACCAUCAAGUUCGACCAGGAGAACACACUUGAUGUCACACUUGGUUGGCGUCCUUUGCCAAGGUCAAGCCCUGCGUAAGAGCCUGCCACCGUUUCAAGCACACACACAUGCUUUGGCAACCGAGUACAGACCACAAAUCCAUCACCAGCCGGUGGACUCGGUCUCCUUGAGCAACCCGACGAAAAGUAGCACUUCCAAAAUCUUUCUUGGCAAGUCACCAGUCUCUCUUCUCCUUGACCCCUCUCGUUUACAGUCGAGCUCUCACGGCGGUCUCACUCGUCGUCACCGCUCUUGCCCUAAUUUCUUGCAGUCUUGCCCUAGAUGUUGCGGAUUUCAUGGAAGACUUGCAGAUUGGUCCAUUUGGUUAUGCAUUUUCGAGGUAGAGUGGAGACUGAUAGUUUUUGGAGUUUCAACAUCUCUAUCUAUAAAUCGUUUGCUCGGAAGCUAAGGCAACAGAAGUAUCUAAGGGAAGCUCAGGAGCAAAUGCAACAGAAGAAUCAAGGGAAGCUGGGAAGCAAAUGAAACAAAAGAAGUAUGAUUCAAAUGGCAGAGGGAGGCAAGGUCGAGGCUAGCUCGGAGGCAAAAGCAGUUUCUAUCGAAGGGAAGCUCUAGAGUCGAGUGAGCUCAGUGGACAUUUUGACAUGCAUUUUAUGUCAUGUAUUAUGAACAUGUAGUUUUAACUAUGCGUGUGCUUAUUAUGCUUUAGCUUCCGCAUUUUCAGACCUAGUAUGAGAUUAUGAGAACUUCAGACUUAUGCAUGUGUAUACCCUUAUCUCCAUGGUACCUUUAUUAAAUGGAUUUGAUUCGGUUGCAUGUAUUAAUUAUGUCUGAAUGAGAAAGAGAUAAGAAUAGUAAGUUUAGUAACAUCCUGCAA